UGGUUUAGGAAUGCGUGUUAUGUGAAGUGUUUCUACAAUUUUCUUUUCAAAAAAAAAAAAAAAAGAAGAAAAAAUUUAACUGCCAUUUUUUUCUGUUGUUUUGGUAGAGUGUUUUGUGAGAUGGGUUUUCAUUGACCUGCAUGUAUUUUAUUUUUUUAAUAUCAUCCAUGGGAGAUUUCCGGUCUACAUUUUACUUCUAUUUAUGUAUCUAUUUAUACAUUUAUGCUGGUUUUGUUAAUUUCAAUUUUUUUUUCUUUUUUGCUCUUUUUGUUUGUUGAGUUUGCUGGAUUUAUCUUGUACUGUUUGAUGGUAAAAUGAUGAUAAUGAGGAUGUGGGCUCUGAACAAAUUGGUGGGUCAUUCUAUUUUUCUUUCCCCUUUUUCUUUUUUCUUAUGUGUUUAGAUAAUUUAUAAUGAAAGCAAAUUGCCAAAACACAUAUCAUUGUCUAAAGUUUUCAUCCUGCUUAGAUCCAAACAAUAAAAAUGUUUUAUGAUUUUUCCUUUGGGCUACAAAAUUGGAUGCAAUGGGCCGAUUGUUAAUUUUUUCCCAACUCUGGUUGAUUUUGUCUGCAAAUUUGUGGCAAUGGAGAACAUUGGGAUUGGCAAGGGGAGGAUUAUUGUCUUCAAAAGGACUCCAAUUAUGCAGAUGGAUCUCAAUGUUUAUGGAAGGAAGUGGCUCUGAAUGAGGAAGAUCUUUCUUACAUGUUAGAUGAAACAACCCCAGUAAAGGCUUGUGGGGAUUUGGCUUACAAUGUUAAUAAUAGUGAUAACAUGCAGAAGGAACCAGAAGAACGAAAAGAAACCUUUUCACAAUUAAAGAGGCGCCGGAUGUUACAGUUUGAUACUCAAGCCGUUGAUUCCCCUUUUUGCAAUGAAGAGAUGCUGUCCGUAUUUCUAUCAAAUGGGAGGGCGGACUCACUUGAUGAAGUAUUACUGCAAGCAUCCGAUUGGGCUCCUGGGUUUUCAGAUGUUUCCGCCUCCAGUUAUGAGGUCCUGGAUCAGUCAUCUGAGAGGUGGCUGUCUGAAUGCCUUAAUGACACUGAGAUGCAGUCUAGUCCCAAUGAUAUGAAUUUUGCUGGCGUAUCUGAUUUUCAAAUUGAUAUUUCGGAGUUCUGCAAUGGUCCACUUGGAAAUGAAGCUAAUAUGGCUCCAAAGCAUGUUGCCCAGACUCCGCAGAAUGUAGUUUUUAAAGGAAAGAAGUCUUUUAUACGAACGCCCUCUAAGUUAGCUUCAUCUAUUGUCUAUCCAUUUGCCUUCAUCAAACCCUGUGGGUUCCAUGGAGAUGUUACUCUGAAGGACAUAAACCAACGGAUCCACACUCCACCAUCCAAAUCAAAGCAAAAUGAUGAAGAUCCUGCUGCAUUCCCUACUUCAGCUUUCUCGGGGAAGCCUGUUGUUGGCAAAACAAAAAUUCGUACUGAAGGUGGAAAAGGAAGCAUAACAAUUAUGAGAACCAAAGGUUGACUAGCUAAGUGUCUUUCCAAACUUCUGGUUUGCUGGCCCAAUGGACUUGUCCCAUUAUGUUACUGGGUCGAGUUCUUUUUCUAAACCUACUUUUUGCUCUGUACUAUUCUUGGGCUUUCAAGUAUAAUAGUGAAAUUUUUGUUCAGGUUGUUCUUGGAAUUCAUACAUCACACUAAAGUGUGUAUGUUUUCCAGGUAAUAUUUUAGGCAUCAAUGGCGGUUGUGUCAUACAUAUUUGACCCUUUUUUUAGGACUAAUGAAAGAAUCCUGUGUAGUUUUUCUGUCGUCUUCAGAAUUGCCUUGUUACUGCUCUCUCUGAACUCCUCUAGCACUACAUGUGCAAAGCUGUGUAUUUGAAAGUUGUAUUUAACAUGGAUUAGAAAGCACC